GCACAGAUGAGUCGGACACCCGACGCCCGGAUGAGGGACAAUCAGACAAAGAGGAUUCAGGAGCGCAUCAGUAACGUGGAGAAGCAUUUUGGCGAGAUGUGUCAGAUGUUCGCGUCGUACGGACGUAACUCGGCGCGUCUUCGGGACAAGGCGGACCUGCUGGUGCGAGAGCUGGGCAAGUAUUCUGACACGGAGACUCCCAGCCUCAAGACGGGUUUGAAGCAUUUUGCGAGUCACCUGGCCAAGAUUCAGGACUACCGCCAAGCGCAGGUGGAGCGACUGGAGGCCAAAGUGAUCGAGCCCCUAAAAGGUUACGGUGCUGUGGUCAAACGUAAAAGGGAUGACGUGAAGACGACUCAAAGCGCCAGAACACAGGAGUCCAAAAAAAUGGAUCGGCUGGAAAGAACUCGCCAGAAGAACCCAUCAGACCGCCAAAUCAUCUCUCAGGCGGAGAGCGACUUGCAGCGAGCCACCAUGGACGCCACGCGCACGACACGUCAACUGGAGGAGACCAUGGACGAGUUUGAGAAGCAGAAGAUCCAAGACCUCAAGAAAAUCCUGAGCGACUUUGUUACCGUGGAGAUGUCCUUCCACGCCAAGGCCUUGGAGCUUUACACGCUGGCUUAUCAGAGCAUCCAGAGUGUGGAGGAGGAGGAGGACCUGAAGGUGUUCAGAAGUUCCCUGCACCCCCCCGAUUACCUGACGCGCUCCGACAUGGUGAGGGCCAAUUCAAGAACUUCCCUCGAGGGCACCGCCUGCUUCCUGUCUGCCUCCACAUCUUUUCAGCAACAGAGAGCCUCCGGACGCCAAGCGAGCAGAGAGGAAGAAGAGGAGGAUGAAGAUGAAUCUGAGGAAGAGGAGGAUGAUGACUCUGAGGGGGAAAGUUGAUGAAGAAGCUCCGCCCUUUUAGGACGUCUGGUCAGUGUUGGAGUCUGAUCACUUCUUGGCCUUUUUAUUUGGCUUUUUAUUUUCAAUUGUCUUAAUUUGUCUUCGCUUUAUACUUUUGUGUUUUUAUUUGUAUUUGUCUUUUGAUUUUUAUUCAACUUUAUUUUUAUUUGGCUUUUUAUUUGUAUGUUGGCUUUUUCUUUGUCAUUUUGGAUUUUUAUUUUGACUCUUUUUCUUUUUUCUUUUGCUUAUUUGGCUUUUUGUUUGUAUUGUUUUACUUUGUAUUUUUCUUUUUAUUUAGCUUUUCCUUUGUUUGGUUUUUCUUCUUCUUUUCAAUUUUAUUUUUUAUUUGAAUUUAGAUUUUUCUUUUGUGUUUUUUAAAUUUUUAUUCUGAUUUUUUGGGACCGUGACCAGUGAUGGCGAAAAGAAAAUGUGUGAUGGUAACCAUAGAUAAGGAAACGUAAACAUGCUUACAUUGUAUGGUAUCAUUAAUAAACAUGAUUAUUUUGUAGAACAUCAUUAAUUAACAUGAUAAUUGUGUAUUAUAUAAUUAUAACCAUGAUUAUAUUGUAUGAUAUCAUUAAUAAAUAUGCAUAUAUUGUAUGAUUUCAUUAUUAACCAUGCUUAUAUCGUAUUACAUAAUUACUAAACAUGAUUAUAUUGCAUGGUUUUAUUUUUAACC